AAGCCAUCUAUACCGACAUGAGUGUCCAGUUUAUCAAAAAACUACUGAAUCUCAAGAAGAUUCCCAUAAAGAAGGAGAACAAUGUGUAUCCUAAAAGCAAGGACUUCUUUAAACUGCCAGUGAUGUUUUACCACACCAUUGGCCUACAUCCCUACGAGUCCUCGAAACCUGAAGAUAAGCCCGGAAUUAUGUUCCACAUUUACUUCCUCUGUCACAUGAUCAACUUGGUGUUUGUGGUGAUCAUGGAGAUACUGUUUGUAAUUAUAUCCUUUCGGAACAAAGAGAAUUUUCUGGUCUCUUGCAUACAGAUGGGUUGCAUAGCGUUCGUAUUCGCGGCCCUUGGCAAGGUCGUUUCCCUAAUAUUUCUGAAAAAAAAUAUGUCGAACCUGGUAGAGGAGCUAGAAACCAUGUUUCCACGACCUCGACAAGAGGAGCAAGAGCAGUAUGAAGUAAACAAAUAUCUAAAAACCAGCAACCUGUAUAAUAAGUCAUUCGGAAUCAUCUACGUAGUUUUGGUGGCAAUCAACAGCAUGUUUGAACUCAUCGAGUACAUCAUCUUAAGGAUGAUGAACUCGCCGAAUGCGGAGCCAUCGAUGCCAUACGUUGAGUUGGCUCCCUGGGACUAUCAAGAAGGAUGGAAAUUUUACCUGACCUAUGUGUCGCAGGCGAUUGCGGGCUAUACGGCAACCUGUGGUCACAUCUCAGCAGAUCUAAUGAUCUUCGCCGCCACCAUGCAGGCCAUUAUGCACUUUGACCGUUUGUCCCGGGCUCUCAAGGAAAUGCAGGUGCGAAAGGGUUCAGGUUCCAAAGGAGGAGCUGAGGAAAACCUGAGGGAACUUCAGACUUUGAUCGCCUAUCAUAACAAAAUUCUUGGACUCACAGACGUGAUAAACGUGGUGUUCGGCAUUCCACUACUGAUGAAUUUCGUGGCCUGUUCAAUGCUCGUCUGUUUUGCGGGAUUGCAGAUGACCGUUGGCAUUACUUCUGGGUACUUUGGAAAGCUUUUGGUGACACUUGUAUCGCCUACGGUGGAGAUAUACCUUCUUUGUUCCAUUAGCCAAAUGUUGAUCGAUGCGAGCAAAGGAGUUUCCUUUGCUGUCUACGACAUGAAUUGGCCGGAAGCCGACUCGCGUUUUCGAAAGAUGCUUAUUUUUGUGGCCAAGAGGGCUCAGAAACCGGUAUGCCUAAAAGCCACUAUAUUUCUGGAUCUCUCCAUUGAAACCAUGAGCAUGUUUUUGGGGAUGACCUACAAGUUUUUCUGCGCUAUAAAAACAGUGUGUCAAUAAUGAUAGUAAAUGUUGGAAAAUAAAUUUAU